UCAUUCAAUGCCAUUCUGAAGUAACAAUAUAGUGACCCCACCCUGCACAUCUUUGAUUCUUGAAUGGUUAUCAAAAAAAAAUUGAUGAAGGUGAAUGGUUAUCAAUUCCUUACCCUGGUUACUUGAUGUGGCUGAUCUCUGAUCCUAUUAUUGACAAACAUAACUAUACCUUUGCCCAUACCUUUUCCCUUUUCAUAAAACUCUAUUACUUUUCUUUCUGUUCUUUUUGUUUUCACUUCAGAAAAGGUGAAAUGGCUCUGAUUUCGAAUUCUGUGAAUAGUGUUAGUUUGAUCGUUUCUCAGAAACAUUUUUUACAUACCAAGAAGAAAAACAACUCAUGGUUAAGCUUCAAUUAUACUACUGAAAGAAAGAAUUCAAUUACUGUUAAAUCAACAUCUAUAAAGUCUGAGAUUGAUUUUGGUGAUCCACAUUGGAAACAAAAGUUUCAAGAAGAUUUUGAAAAUAGGUUCAGUUUGCCACAUUUGAAGGAUGUGUUUGAUACAAAGCCAAUUCCAACAACAUUCUCUCUUCAGAAAAGGAGCUCUCAAAAUGGCUAUGUAAAUGAUGAUGAUAGGGCACUUCUAAAGGUUAUCAAAUAUUCAUCACCAUCUUCUGCUGGAGCGGAGUGUAUUGACCCUGAUUGCAGCUGGGUGGAGCAAUGGGUGCACCGUGCGGGACCGCGGAUGCAGAUAUAUUUUGAACCUGAGAAAGUAAAAGCUGGAAUUGUUACAUGUGGGGGCCUGUGUCCUAGUCUCAAUGAUGUCAUAAGACAGAUAGUGCUUACCCUUGAAGUAUAUGGGGUUCAGAAGAUUUUUGGGAUUCAGUAUGGUUACCGUGGAUUUUUUGAAGAGUCUUUACCUGAAAUUCCUCUCUCUCGCCAAGUUGUCCAAAACAUUAACCUAAAUGGUGGAAGUUUGCUGGGGGUUUCCCGUGGAGGUGCUAAUAUCAAUGAAAUUGUAGAUAGCAUGCAGGCCAGGGGAAUCAAUAUGCUUUUUAUACUCGGCGAGGAUGGGACACAUGCAGGAGCAAAUGCAAUUCAUAACGAGUGUCGCAAGAGAAAACCGAAAGUAUCUGUGGUAGGUGUUCCCAAAACAAUUGAUAACGAUAUACUUUUGAUGGACAAGACGUUUGGAUUUGAUACUGCUGUUGAAGAAGCUCAGCGAGCUAUAAAUUCUGCAUAUAUUGAGGCACGUAGUGCUUAUCAUGGUAUUGGCCUGGUAAAACUAAUGGGAAGCAGUGGUUUUAUAGCUAUGCAGGCUUCACUUUCAAGUGGACAAAUUGAUGUCUGUUUGAUUCCUGAGGUGCCCUUUAAAUUAGGUGGACCUUUUGGUGUCUUGCGCCAUUUAGAGCAUCUAAUAAAGACAAAAGGAUCUGCUGUUGUUUGCGUAGCUGAAGGAGCAGGGCAGGAUUUGUUAGAAAAGUCAGAUGCAAGAGAUGCAUCUGGGAAUCCGAUACUUAGAGAUAUUGGAGUUCACAUCCAGCAGCAGAUCAGGAAACAUUUUAAAGAGAUAGAUGUUCAUGCUGAUAUUAAAUACAUCGAUCCCACUUAUAUGAUCCGUGCAUGUCGUGCCAAUGCCUCCGAUGCUAUCCUCUGCACUGUACUUGGCCAGAAUGCUGUUCAUGGUGCGUUUGCUGGUUACAGUGGUAUUACAGUUUUAAUAUGCAACAGCCACUAUGUGUACUUGCCCAUUCCAGAAGUCAUUAGCUCAACCAGGCGUGUUGACCCCGACAGCCGAAUGUGGCAUAGGUGCUUGACUUCUACAGGCCAACCGGACUUCCUAUAACUGCAUCGACAAUAUUCCUUUGUCCCAAAUUUCCAUUAUGCAACAGAACUUUAGAUAAAGCUCUUAGAAGUUCUUUGUUAACCGGACCACAGAAUUACUGCCCAUCAGAUGUAGGUGCGGAGUGUUAGCGGCCUAUUCAUUUUUCUGUUGUUUGUGUUCUUUUUAUUUGUUUUUUAAGUACACAUAGGUAUAUUCGAGUUCUGCAGACUGGAAAUAAAUAGUCCAUUACACGUUAGGUUGAGAAAGCGUUCAUUAAAGAGCACUUUGUAACUAAGAAUAAUUGAAUUAUGAUAAUCUGAUUGUGAAAUUCGACUCAUGCUUCAGAAAUCAUUUAGACUAAGAACUACCUUCUCUAUGAUCUAUGUUUAGUGCAUGAACCGAGUAGUUGAACUUAUACCGUGUGUAAUUUCCAAUACUGUGCCCAUGGAAAAAGGUAGUACUCCGUACAGAAUUUAUCGGUCUUUUACUGC